GCAAAUUAAAAUACGAAAUAUCUGACUGUUAACUUGCUACAAUGGAGAAAGGCUUUAAAAAUAGAAGAAGAAUAGUUACAAAUGUUAACCUAAGAUUUCAAAAUUUGGCAUUUUGUGAAAAAGUAAACUUGAGUAAAGUCAGUAAACAAAAAUAUUUUCAAAAUAAUGUCUGGUUCACGAAAUCUUCCACAAAGUAAAGAAGCGCUCUUAAAGUCUUAUCGAACUCGAUUAAAGGAUGAUGUCAAAAGCAUGCUCGAAAACUUUGAAGAGAUUGUUAAACUCUCCAAAGGAGAACACGAUACACAACUAUCCAGGAUGACACAAUGUGAGCAAGAUACUUAUGAGAUGCAUGUACGAGCUGCUAAUAUAGUAAGGGCAGGAGAAUCUCUUAUGAAAUUAGUAUCAGAUAUCAAACAGUACCUGAUAUUAAAUGAUUUUCCUUCUGUCAAUGAAGCCAUUACACACAACUCAAAAGUUUUUAGAUCUAAGCAAACUGAAUGUGACCAAAAAUUAAUGUCUUUGAGGGAUGAUAUGGCUGCUGAUCUUUACGACCUUGAAGAAGAAUACUAUAGCAGUAUAAAUAAAUAAUGAUAGAGUUUAAGAAUUAUAUUAAAUUAUUAUUUAUUAGGAAUAAA